UCUGUUCAUUUCUUCAUUUAGUUGCGGCUGCUUCUUCAUUUCGCCGUGUGAAACCCUAUUUCCCCUAAAACCUCUCCACAAUGCCUCCCAAGCUCGACCCAUCCCAAGUCGUCGAAGUUUACGUCCGCGUCACCGGAGGUGAAGUCGGAGCAGCGAGUUCCCUCGCUCCCAAGAUCGGUCCCCUCGGUCUCUCCCCGAAAAAGAUCGGAGAAGACAUCGCUAAGGAAACCGCCAAGGACUGGAAGGGUCUUAGGGUUACCGUCAAGCUCACCGUUCAGAAUCGUCAAGCCAAGGUAGCUGUUGUUCCAUCUGCGGCGGCGCUGGUUAUCAAGGCCUUGAAGGAACCAGAGCGUGACAGGAAGAAGACGAAGAACAUCAAGCAUAACGGUAACAUUUCUCUUGACGAUGUUAUUGAGAUUGCUAAGAUUAUGAAACCUAGGUCGAUGGCGAAGGAGCUUGCUGGAACUGUGAAGGAGAUCCUGGGGACGUGUGUCUCGGUUGGAUGCACCGUUGAUGGAAAGGAUCCGAAGGAUUUGCAGCAGGAAAUCAAUGAUGGUGAUGUUGAAAUCCCUCAGGAUUGAGUUUGUUUUUGAUUUUUUUAACUCUGUUAUCUUUUCAUUUGUGCUUUUUUUUAUAUAAAUUUGAGCUACCAUUGAACUACUUUUGGUUGUUUAUUUACUGUUUUGGAUAAUUUAGAUCAUUUUGAGAGAUUUUA